CUCCCUCGUGCAGUGGCUGCAAGCUCGCGCAUUUUCCGUUAACAGUGUCGGUUGUGCGUGAACGUUCACGCGCAUGCCCAUGCCUCCCCCGACAACUUCCCACACACGCACAUACACACACACACACGUUUGAAUCUGACUUGCCCCCCGCGUGUGUCGUCAGUGCGCCUGCUCGAGUUGUCGGUCAAGCUUCAACUCAGGCGGUUGGGAGCGAGUGUUCCCCUUCUCCCCUCCCCCUCCAACUUUCGCGUCACCAUGGCUGUACAGCAAUGUGGGACGUGAAUUUAAAAACAAGGGUCUGCAUUCCCCCAACCCCCAGCCUCUUGCCACCACUGCUACCGUCCCUCUUCUGUUCUUCCUUCCUCUGUCUUUUUUUUUCUCUUUUCUCAUCUCGUAGAUGGUUUCAAGUGGACUUCCGGCUGACUUUUCAAAUAUGAAGGAGAUGAUUGGCGGCUGUUGCGUUUGCUCAGACGAGAGAGGCUGGGCUGAAAACCCCCUCGUUUACUGUGACGGACACGGUUGUAAUGUAGCCGUUCAUCAAGCAUGUUACGGCAUUGUGCAAGUACCCACUGGACCGUGGUUUUGUAGAAAAUGUGAAUCGCAGGAGAGAGCCGCUCGAGUGAAAUGUGAACUUUGUCCUCAUAAGGAUGGCGCUCUCAAGAGGACCGACAACGGAG